AUUAUAAAUAAGAUUAUCAAUUGCAAUUACAAUCAUGACAACUUCUUGUGCUAAUUAAGAGAUACUACAAUCAUCAAAAUGUAUACUUUACAAGCCGAUUACAGCUUUGCUGGUGGAAUUCCUCCAGCACCUUAUACUAUAGACAAAUCCGUAAUUGGAAAACUUGAUCCUGUCUAUGUUGAGUUUUAUAAGGAAAAUUUAUCACAAAAUUCAAAGAUCCUUUACACUCAUAGAGUACCUUUGAAAGAAUUAAGAGAAGGUGGUAAUGUUAUUCCUGGUCAAACCCCAUUGGUUGAAAUGGCCAAAACUUUUGAUAUAAGCAUUCCUGGAAGAGCAGGAUCAAUUCCUGCUAGAGUUUUCGUUCCUAAGGGACCAGUUCCUACAAAUGGAUGGCCAUGUUUCUUAUGGUUCCAUGGUGGUGGGCAUGUGUUGGGAAACAUCAGUACUGAGAAUUCAUUCUGUACACAUAUUGCUGAUUCGGUCAAAGCUUUAGUUGUUUCAGUUGACUAUAGAUUAGCACCAGAUCAUCCUUUCCCAGCAGCACCAAACGAUUCUUAUGAUUCCUUAUUAUGGGUAUAUGAAUUUGGUACCAAAGAGUUAGGUAUUGAUGUCAACAAUAUAACUGUAGGUGGUUCUUCUGCUGGUGGAAAUUUAGCUGCGGUAAUAAGUCAUAAGUUUGUUAAUGAUCCUAAAACCUCUAAGUAUCCACCUAUCAAGUUGCAAGUAUUGAUUGUACCAGUGACAGAUUGUACUGCAGAUGCUUCAAAUACAGAAUCUUGGAAAGAGUUUGAAUUUACUCCCCAGUUGCCUGCAGAAAAAAUGCUCUGGUAUCGUACAUUAUACUUACCUAAUUCAGAGGAUCUUGUUAAUGUUGAAGCAUCCCCAUUAUUUUACUCAGAUGAAAGUUUUGCAAAAAAUCCUCCGUGUAUAGUAGCAGUUGCUGAAUGUGAUGUUUUAAAAUCUGAAGGUAUCAAGUAUGGUGAAAAGUUGAGAAAAAAUGGUGUAAAAACUGAUAUCAAUAUAUAUCCUGGUAUGCCUCAUCCAGUUAUGGUAAUGGAUGGUGUAACUGAACAGGGAAGACAAUUGCUCAAGGAUGUUUCUACAGCUAUUAAGAACUCCAUUGUUUAGAAUGAAUAAUAUAAUUUUGUUUAUAGAGUAAAAUAAAUUAGAAUGUUCAAUUUUAUAUAAAUUUAGGUCCAAUUCUGCUAGAAAUUAUUUUUCUUCAAACAAAUCUUUUUCGUUUAAAUAUACUGCUACCUUUGGCC